GCCGGGACGGGUCCCCCAGAAAAGCUGUGGGUAGCUGAUCUCUGGCCGUGCUCAAGGCCGGCUUGGAUGGAGCUCUGAGCAGCCCGGUCUAGCGAAAGAUGCCCUGCCCGCGGCUGGGCGGGGGUUGGAACUAGAUGCUCACGAGUGAAGGAUGAUCAGAAGGGCAGCCGUGUUUUGUUCGUUCUUGUUCCUUGCGAAGUCUGGAUGUGUUUGUUUUGGUGUGGGGAGAAUGGGGAAGUGAAUGUCGGUCGUGUUCAGCCGUGCCAUCUCCAGCCGUGCUUCUUUCCCCGCAAAGCACAAAUGAGGGACACAGUGAGUGUGGGAUAACAGCACCAGGAUUCGUCUGGAGCCUGUAAGAGCACCUGGGACUGUAGACUCCACCUUAAGCCCCUUCCUUAAAAAAUUCCUAGAGCUGGAUCCUCUGACUGGGCCUGAGCAGGGCCUGUGUGUCUGCAUUGAUUCCAGGGGUUUGUGCCGUCAGAGGUGACAUCUCCAGCAGAGGAUAGUUUGGAGUAUCGCUCCUUGUAGGAGUGGGAAGUUGUUGAAGAUUUCUGUGGUGGACUUGCACAAAAAACCACAGACAAAUUUUCCUGCUCUAGGUGCUUUCUGGAUAAUGGCGAAGAUGGUGAGAAGAACAUGUGCAUUUUGUUCUGAAGGGGAGGCUGGCUCUGUGAUGUAUAUCGCCACAGAGAGAGACAUUGCAGCUCAUCAGGAUUGUCUGUUAUUUUCCUCAGGAUUUGUGGAAUCUGAAGAUCAUAACCCAGAAAAUCUGGGAAUAAGGUUUGAUGUGUCAUCAGUGUUAAAAGAGCUCAGAAGAGGAAAGCGACUGGUGUGCAACUUCUGCCGCAAGAAGGGGGCCACGGUGGGCUGCGAGGAGCGCGCGUGCCGCAGGAGCUACCACUUCUUCUGCGCGCUCUGCGACGACGCGGCCGUGGAGACCGACCAGGUCAACGGCGUCUACCGAGUGUUCUGCCCAAAACAUGACCCAGGGAAUAGGACCAAUCACUAUGAUGCUUCUAAUAAGAAAAGAAGACGUACCUUGACGUCUCCCACCGUCACAGAAGAAAUGAGUACAGAAGAGACAGCAGAAGAAAACCAUUUACAAAUACUAAAAAGGAAAAACAACAGGCAUAAAGUUCGAAUAGACCUUGUUAGGAAGUGCAAACAAGCUGGGCUUCUGGAUGACAUAUUUGAAGAAAUGCUGGACACACUUCACCUGGCUCAGGAAAAACUGAUGGAUGACAACACUUCAGAAACAGAGUAUGAAGAGACAGUGAUGGCACUGUUUGACUGUGGACUGUUUGAAAAUAUACUGACAAAUAUUUAUACAGGAACAGAAGAGAAAAUCCAGAAACUUCUGGAAAACAGAAAAAUACUGGAUCACAAGAUUGAGCUACUGCAGGACUUAAAAGAAGUCAUCCUUCCUACUCCAGAGAACCUGGCCAGUACAUCCAGUACAGUGUCUGAAUAAACCCCAUCUGUGAUGGUGCAAUAGUUAGGAUUUUCUAAUGAUAAGAACCACAGAGCAGUCUGGUCAGUGCCCGAUUCCCCAGGCCCAAGGGGGCUGAAGGGGGUGUUACUCUCAUUUUUAUACCUCAUUGUUGAAGUGAUUACAAAUUCUUCAAGUUUUCAAAUCUUUAUCUUCAAAUUGUUCCCUCAUUCUACUAUAAGUUUCUGUUUCUAUUCCACAAUGGAAUAGAGUUUAGCUUUUGCAAAAACUCAGCAGAACCCUCCAGUGAUGACUUUUUUCUCAAAGCCAAGGGAGUGUUCAGGUGCCAGAGAACACUUGCUAAGUGUGGGAGCCCUCUCCUGGCUGGGCAGCAGCUGCCUCCACUGUCUGUGUCUAGACACCGAUAUUUGAUGGAUCAUAGUGGUGCUUUGGCUUUCCCAAAAAAGAUAAAGGAGCAGAACUUGCACACAAAGAAGCCUUCUGGAUUAUAAACAGGAGUUUAAUUAAAAAAGCCAAAUUAUUCUUUAUUGACUGGUCCAGGUGUAGCUGUUUUUGCUGUAAUUGCAGUGGUAAAGCAGUGUUUGCAGGCAGACCAGAAAGGAUUGGGCAUUAUACUCAGAGCAAAACAGUGACUGGAUCUUCCUUUCUCCAUUAAGAAAGGGUUCAGCUUUCAUGUGUUUUGUCUUUAAAAUAUUAUUUGAAUACAGCAAAGUAUUGUUUAGCCACCAGAGGCUAAGUAAAUGAAAUAAAACAUUUUUUCAAGGA